UGUCAGAUCGGGCACACUGCUCUGGAUAGCUGUGCACAGCACAGCCAUCCAGAGCUGUGUAAUCACAUGAAACACUCCCAGCACACAGUUAACCCUCUGAUCGCCCCUCAUGUUAACCCCUUCCUGCCCAGUGCCAUUAGUACAGUGUCAGUGAUUUUUUUAGCACUGAUCACUGUAUUGGUGUCACUGGGGAUGUCAGUGACACCAAGUCAGUUCCCCCAGUGUCAGAAUGUCCACCGCAGUCCCGCUAUAAGUCGCUGAUCGCCACCAUUACUAGUUAUAAAAAAACUAAUUCCAGUAUCUAUACCGCCAUUUGUAAACGCUAUAACUUUCAUGUAAACCAUUUAUUUUA